GCACGGUGAAGUGGAAACCUCUUUGCUGCACGCAUGCUGGGCUAGGCCUGAGCGUCUCCGCUGAUUGACCAUGCAUUGUCUUUUUUUGUCAUGCGUGUGGGAGCUGAGCCUUGUUUGUUGAUUGUCUGAGUUGAGGCGGACGGGUCAAAGCCGCAACACCCGUGUCUUUCUUUCACUGUUGAAGCCUUCCAUCACCAACGUCUGCACGUGGCUUAUAGCUCGCAUCUCCCUCGCCGUUUUCCUGUCUGCCUUAAUCACCGAAGAUACAACCUUAUUCUCCUUCAACUUCUCUUGCUCAAACUUCAAUUUGCACCUUCAGCCGUUUCACUUUAAACAUGGACCUCGUUUCUUGGACUAUCGGCGGCACUGUCCGCAACCCAGAUGAGCCGCUCCUCAUCGACGCGCUAUCGCCCUCAAAUUCCCUGUCCUUUAGCCAAAUCAAGAGGAAAGUUCGGCAAUUAAUCCGUGGUCUGCAAGCUUCCGGCGUGCGGGAGGGUGAUUGCGUUUGUGUGAACUGCUUCAACGAUCUGCAAUAUUCCGUCUUGUACCUCGGCAUCAUCGGUUCUGGCGCUGCCUUUACCGGCGUGAACCCAGCAUAUACCACCCACGAGCUUGUCCACCACUUCGAAUUGACCCGACCAAAGGUGGUAAUUGUCGAGCCUCCCAUGCUGGAGAAGACCCUUGCAGCGGCGGAGCAGAUUGGUCUUGCGGGGUCCAACAUUUUUGUGUUUGACACGGAAACACCAAACACAAACUCCGGUCUCCAAUCUUGGACGACCCUUCUUGAACGUGGCGAGAGCGACUGGGUAACCGUCGCGGACCCGGACAUCACCCCCGCCACGUACAACUCUACGAGCGGCACAUCCGGGCUUCCCAAGGCUGCCAUGAUCUCGCACUCGUACCAUGUCACUCAAUCAGAAGCUAGGUGCAACGUUACUCCAUACAAGCAAUCUCGACUGCUUGCUCUUCCUCCAUUCCAUGCUUUUGCAUCUCCCAUACUUCCAUCCAGCAUCCAUGCGGGCAUUCCAACUUACAUUAUGCGCAGGUUCGCUGAAGCGCCCUUCCUGACUUCAAUUUCUCUUUAUGAUAUCAGCGAAAUUUACGUUCCUCCUCCUGUUCUAAUGAGGAUGCACAAGUCUGAGUUUGCCACUAAAGAAGGGCUGAGGAGCUUGAGAUCCAUCUGGAUGGGAGGUGCAAGCGUGAAGUACUCUCAACAAAAGCCUCUGUAUGACAUGCUGCACCCAGAUGCGGUCAUCCGUCAGGUCUGGGGUAUGACCGAGGCUGGCUGGGUUACGACUGUUCAUGACACAGUACGGAGGGAGGACGACAGCGUUGGGCAGCCAGUGGAAGGGUUUGAGCUCACAAUCGUGAAUACUGAAACUGAUGAGCCUAUUGUCGGCGACUAUGAAGCGGGCGAAAUCAUCUUCAAUGCCCCGCAUCUCCUUCUUUCAUACAUCGACAACCCCACCGCCACCACCGCAGCCUUUUCACCCUGUGGUCGCUAUCUGCGUUCUGGCGACAUCGGCUACCGCGUGACGUCUGCCUCGGGCGUCCCCUCCAUCUACAUCAUCGAUCGUGCCAAAGAGCUCAUCAAAGUACGCGGCUGGCAAGUUUCUCCCACGGAGAUCGAAUCAGAACUGCUGCAACACCCUUGCAUUGCCGAUGCCGCUGCCAUUGGCAUUAAAGAAGCCAACGGCGUCGACGAGUUCAUCCGCGCGUACAUUGUGCGCCGCGGCGCGGAGCAAGAACAAGGCUUGCUGGACGCGGCCAGUCUGCGCGAAUGGCUGCGCGGUCGCCUCUCAGGCUACAAGGUCCCGGCCGAGCUGUGCUUCGUCGACAAGGUGCCGCGCAACUCGACAGGCAAGAUCCUGCGCCGCGUCUUGCGUGGCGAAGGCGCGAAGCUGCAGAAGCCGUAUCACACGCGCACAGAUUCGGCGCUUUCCAUUGUUGAGGCGUUCGUGCCGCCUGCUGAGGUGGAUGCUGAAGUCAUGGUUCCGGAAGUUGCUCCUCUUGAGCAGGGACGGGAGGAGCCCGUCAAAGACGACCAAAAGUUAUUGUCUUGGAACAGUAUUUUCACGGGCAUCGUCGUGUGUUGGUGCUCGUCGAUUGUGCUGACGAGAGUUGAUUUCGGUAGGUGUUGAACACCUGGCCUUGACGAUGAUGGGUAUGUGUAUGACGGCACGGCAUCUGUUGAUACUGUUGUUGCUUGCUGCGCUUUGCGAACAUGCUUAAGAUACCAUGGUUGCUUCAUAAUGUUUGCAAGACUUGUUUCUGUUUAGACUAUAGAAUUGGUAAUGCAUGGGCGGAUGAGCGUCUCUUACGUUCAAAAAUCUUUCUGCACAUUUCAUUAUCGAGGCGUUACUACACCUUGCAAAUUCAAAAGUCUCACCACC